AUGAGAGAUAGAGCUUUGGUAACAGUAGCAGACUACGUCCAAGCCUUGAAAGCCGCCUCUCGAUCCAGGGAUGCUACCAAGUGCAAGAAACUCCACAAAUGGAUCGUGGAGAGCGAGCACCGCAGCAAUGGGCUCCUAGGCAAUCACCUCAUCGAGGCAUACGUCCAAUGCGGGAGAGUGGAAGCAGCGCAGUCAGUGUUUGAUGGGAUCGCCAAUCCAGACAAGUUCUCCUGGGGCAUCCUCUUCCACGCUUACGCUCGCAAUGGGCAUCACGCCGAGGCCAAGCACGUCUUCGAUCGAAUGCCCGCGCGGUGGAUCGUGUCGUGGACCGCGAUGCUGCAGUCACUCACCCACAGCCGGCACUUGGAUGCUUCGAUGCUUUUCUUCGAGAGAAUGCCGUCAAGGAACGUUAUAUCUUUCACCACUGUGCUGGCAGCGCUCCAGAGAUCCGGGGAACUCGGUCGAGCCAGCGCCCUCUUUGCCGAGAUGCCGGAAAGAGAUGUUUGGGUGUGGACUAUCAUGUUUCAAGCAAAUGCCCAGCAGGGGCAUUUGGAUGAAUCAAAGCAGAUGUUUGAUGCGAUGCCGCUUUGGAGCAUUGUUUCGUGGGGGGCGAUGAUCGCUGUGUUUGUGCAGCACAGGAAAAUGGAUGAAGCCAGCGAAUUAUUUCAAAGCAUGCCGGAGAGAGACCUCGUCACUAGCAACAAUGUGAUCGCGGGAUAUGCCGCAACCGGGAAUCUGGACUGCGCUAUAUUCCUAUAUGAAAAGAUGCCGGCAUGGGACGUUUGUACAUACGCCUCCAUCUUCGAUGCAUACGCCCAAAACGGUCAUACGAACGCUGCCAGGAAGAGUUUUAUUGACUUCCCGCAGAGAGAUUCGGUACUAUGGACCAGCCUGUUAUCGGCAUAUGCCCGACAAGGGAAUCUCCACGAGGUAGAUCUAAUCCUCUUAAAGAUGCCGCAGAGAUGCGUCAUAUCUUUGACGGCGGCAUUGACCGCUCACGCACAGUCAACAAAAGUCAGCGCCGCAAAGGGCUUGUUUGACGGGAUGCAAACGCGGGAUAUCCUGCCCUGGAAUCUCUUGCUGAUGGCCUAUGCCCAGAAUGGGCAUCUUGACAAGUUGGAGAGCGUCUACGCAAAGAUGCCCGAGCACAAUGUCUUUAGCUCUACGUGCAUGGUGGGAGCAUAUGCUCAGACAGGGAAUCUAGAACAGGCAAGGACAAACUUUGUGAGAAUGCCGGCAGAGAACACAGUCGCAUGGACGACACUCCUCGUCGGCUGUGCGCACACCGCUGCAUGGCAGGAGGCGCUGGAGAUCUUCAAGGCCAUGAACUGCGAUGGUAUACCGCCCGACGACGUCACAUUCCUGGGAGUUCUCACGGCUUGCAGCUACGUCGGUCGGCCCGAGGAAGGAAGGAGCCGGUUCCUGUCGAUGAUCCAAGACCACGGAAUACUGCCGGCUCUCAAGCACUACCACUGCAUCCUGGAUAUCCUGGGCCGAGCCGGGAGACUGGAAGAGGCCGAGGAGCUCGUCCAUACCAUGCCUUUCGUGCCGGACGACGUUGCGUGGACGAUUCUGCUUGGAACUUCGAGAGUUCACUCGGACCUCGAUGUUGCCACCCGAGCAGCGGACAAACUUGGCACGGCAGCGAGCAGCGCACCGCAUUUGCUGCUCCUCAAAGCGUACGCGCAGAGACAAGUGGAGGCGCUCUUAUGA